GGGGCGGGCCCGGCCUCAGGGCCCGCGCGCGGACAUGGCGGCGCCCGCCUACCCCGGCUGGGUCACCCGCUGGGUGUCGGGGCAGUGGCGGAACAAGAAGCGGCCCCCGACUCUCCGCCCGCCCCGGACGCUGGCGCUGGCCGACAGGGUGGCGAACCGCCGGGAGCGGGGCACAGAGGCAACGUGCAUUACGGAGAUGUCGGUGAUGAUGGCCUGCUGGAAACAGAAUGACUUCAGUGACCUGCCUUGUGCCGAGGAGAUCAGGAGGUUCUACGACUGUGUGGCAAAGGCAGAAAAAGAGCGCAAGAGUCAAAAUGAGGACACCCUGUCAUCCAGGGGAAACUUGCCUUCAAGCAAAGUGAACAAGCUGCUGAAGAGGUUUCCUCAGAUCACGCGUUAUGUAUAAUGUACUUUACAAAAGGGACUGUGGACAAGCAAUUAAAGUUGAGCUCUUGGUCAAAAAAGAGCAAAGUCAAGUUGAGUGAUUUUUUGAUGUCAAGUGGUGUGUGGAUCUUGACUCUGCUUUUGAUUCCAGAGCAAAACCCAUCCAUCUUGAGUAUCAGCAGAUUUGGGUCUUGCAGUGUUGGGAAUUUCUGCAAUGUGUUGUUCUGCUAGCCUACUUGGGUCCUCAAUGUUAAACAGAACCUUCUAGGCAUACAUGUAAAUGCAUUUCCUAUCAGGGGAUGACUUCUUCACAUGCAAACUGCUUGCCCAGCUCUGGAGCUGCUGUGAAAAAGUGUUUGGGCUCGAACACUGGCCCGAGUUAGAAUUGAUAGUAAUGCUGGUAGUAGUUGAUGGUAUGAUGGCUCAUACUCUUACAUGGGUGUAUACACAAUCUGGUACCUCUUGAAAGUUUUUUAAUUUCCACUGCUGUAAGAAGAGGCUCUAGAAUUUAGAAAAAAUCUCCAGCUAAACACCUUGUUAAUACAUAAUACAUUGGUAAGUAUCUAAUAUAACUUUAACAUGGAAGUUUGUGAUUUAUACCCCCCGAUUUGCACGCGAGACAGGUAUGGUGCCACAUAAAUUGGAUUAUUUUGUCUGUACUGUAAUAAAGCAAGGCUGAUGUUUGACUUGGGCAACUCAUCUACAACAAAA